GUUAAAUUAAGAAAAAUAGUUUUUAAAUAGAUGUCACAGAAAUGUACAACAACCCUACAUCUAUAUAUUGUAUUAUAGCGACAGAAUUCUGCGAGAGAUUUUCGUUUUGUGGUCUGAGAACGAUCCUAUCACUCUAUUUGCGUAAUGUUCUCUGUCUACAUGAAAACGCUGCAACAGUUGUAUACCACAUCUUUAUUAUGAUGUGCUAUACGAUGCCUCUGAUGGGUGCUUUGUUGGCUGAUAACUUUAUUGGUAGAUACAAAGUGAUUCUGUACUUUUCAAUAAUAUACCUAGUGGGCACGAUAUUGACUUGUUGUUCAGCCAUACCGGUUCUAAUGUUGCCACCUACGAUCACUUCAAUGAUUGGUCUGGCUUUGAUCGCAACUGGAACGGGCGGGAUCAAGCCCUGCGUAGCCGCCUUCGGUGGGGACCAGUUUCGCCUGCCGCAAGAAACUCGGCGGUUGCAGAAGUUCUUUUCGACGUUCUACUGCAUCGUGAACCUGGGUGGUUUCAUGGGCACAAUCGUGACACCAACUCUCAGGCGCAGUUUCAUGUGCUUUGGAGAUGACACAUGUUAUGCACUCGGCUUCGGAUUCCCAUCGCUUCUAGUUCUUAUAUCAAUUGUAAUAUUUGUUGCUGGAAAGCCAUGGUACAGAAUAAAACAGCCUCGCGAUACCGUCACAUUAAAGUUUAUGUCUUGUGCGUGGUUUGCAUUGAGGAAGCGAAUGCAACAUGACAAUAGUUCCGAUGGCGCUCCACGCGAGCAUUGGCUCGACUACGCCAUCGAGAAGUAUGGUGAAAAGCUGGUAGCAGACAUGAAAGUUGUCUGUUCGAUCCUUUACUUGUAUCUGCCGGUACCGAUAUUUUGGUCACUCUUCGAUCAGCAGGGAUCGCGAUGGACCUUUCAAGCUUCGAGACUUCGAAGUGAAUUGUUCGGUGUAACGUUGAUGCCGGAUCAGCUGCAAGUGAUGAACCCCGCCAUGGUGCUGCUUAUGAUUCCGAUAUGUCCUGGAGGUGCGUGGCCUCUUCUGCCCGAGCUGCCACCGCUGCAGAAAAUGUUUUCUGGUGGAAUCUUAGCAGCAUUGGCAUUCUUCUCUGCCGGGAUCUUACAAAUUGGAAUUGAGCGUUCGACUCUCCAAGUGCCCGGACAUCACCAAACUGGACUGGUCCUGUUGAACUCCUUGGCCUGUCCUAUCGAAGUUGGAGUCCGCGGUGAGGGUGUUGCACCAGUAGAGGAAUUGGGAACUGCCCUGAUGUCACCACUCGAGCAUGGCCUCUAUACGAUUACUGUUAAAUGUCCGACAGCCUGCGCGGGCCGUGUAAUGAAGAGGCAUAUAGUAACUUCGCAAUUGAGGACGGUCGCAGGAAUGUUCAUGCCUGUAGUGAUCGGACAGAAUUCAGAAGACAAAUUAUCUUUAUAUUAUAUGGAUCCGAAUCCGUUUAUGAAAUCGCUGACUGGGAAACCUAAAUUGAAGGUUGUAUAUAUAGGUGAUACUGGACCAAACAAAAACGUGACUAUAACAGUGGAGACGGAUAGGAGGCUGAGUGACAUUUACUAUGUGUCUAAUGAACCUAUAAAUCACAUUGGCGAGUCGGCAUAUAUGUGCUUACAACCGGGAAAGUUCCGGUGGCACGCUAAUAGUGCGAGCGGGCUGGUAGCAGGUUCGGGCGAGGGAUACCUGCGGCCAGGGGGUGUGUACGUGCUAUCUCUGCGGGAACGCUUAGGGCGCCUGGAUGCGGCGGUGUUACACGCGCCGAACCCACCGAACGAGCUACACCUCGCCUGGAUCGUCCCCCAAUACCUCCUUAUUUCCGUAGCCGAGAUAAUGUUCGCUGUCUCUGGUCUGGAGUUCUCUUUCACGCAGGCUCCAAAAAGUAUGAAGACAAUUACUAUAGCUGCGUGGUACGUGUCAGUUGCGGUGGGGAAUCUAAUAGUCAUUAUCAUCACGCAGGCUCAAGUGUUCGAAUCGAGAGCUACAGAGAUUUUCGUAUAUGCAGCAGUGUUGGUGGUGGCUAUGCUAAUAUUCCUCCACAUGACACAAGGCUUUAGUGGCAGGACGUUAGAUGGCGAUGGAGAUGCCUCAUCUAGCGAGAGUCAUCCCCUGCUCCAUCAUCAUUCUCGGGUUAUAUCAGUGCAUUCGUUAUCAACAAGUGGGCGAGCGUAUAGUUACAGCGGGCCCGAAACCAGCGCUGCAUCAUGUAUGGGUAUAAUGGAGGCGCGCGCCCAGGAUUGGCCGUCACACGCAUAUGUCAACCUGGCCACACCAAGUACUGGUGAUAAUCGAGCAACUACUUUAGCUAAAAAAUAGAGCACACCACUCGUUUUUAUUACUAUUAUAUUACUAUUACUGAAGUCUAGUAAGAUUCAACUCAUUUUCCAAACAAGUUAAAGUAUUUUGAAAUGCCUAGUCUAGGUAAGUAGGUACCUACUUCUGUCGAUCCUGAGCUAUUCACUUUUGUUUAUACUGCUUCAUAUCUGCCAUACGGAAUGUGUAGGUAUAUUAUUAUUAUUUAUGUUAAAUCCUCAGUGUAGAGUGCCUAAUGCACAACUCAUCUUUCUUCCAAACAGUCUGAAUAAACGCCUUCGAAAACUAUUUAGUACCUACUGGUUGCACCCUUAAAUAUUUUACUUUAGUAGGAAGGUAUAGUAUGUAUAAGUACCUAAUUCCUGUGUAAUAUGCAUAAUAUAUUGAUAAAUCUUGUAAUAAUACCUAUUAUAGUAUCAAAGUGGUAAAUGUUUGUUGUCUUGUUUUUAAGUGAAUGACUUAUUGGACGCUUAAAACGUUAAUUGUUUUAUAACUGUAUUUAUAAUCCCAUAUUAGAGCUAAAACCCUUAUUACCUCUCCGAUAAAGUAAAUGUGAUUUAUAGAAGCUAGAAUAAUUCUAUAAACCUAUUUUUAGCCUUCGAUAACAAUAAAAGGGCGACGUCUGUCGGUCAGCUGUUUCGUAUUUGACAAAGGUUUUUCUACGUCAGUCAGUGUACAGUAGUGUAGUAUCAAGCCGAAGUCCAACGUUAAAUUUCGAUUGAUAAAUGAAAUUCACUUAAAAUUUGAACUUAUCGACUUCUAUUUAUUUAUAUCCGCUGUAACUAAAAUCGAAUCAUGUAAGCCGAAGGCAUAGAACCUCAUACCGAGUUAAUAAUAUCGACGAUAAUAUUGUCGUCCCAGCAUUCAAUUGAAGUUUCCUGUGUUAAUUUGAAAUUCUUUAUUUUGUUUAAUAUUUUGAUAACAAUCUGUUUGACAGUUGUUGAACUUAUUUUAUUUAGAGACUUAAUCAAGAUGAUGGUAACAUUCUAACAUUAUGGACUUGCAUCCUGUGCCAGUAAAUAAAUUAAGAUAAUAUAAUGUAGAGGCAUAUUAGCUUUCGGUGGUUUAUGAAAUAUGGCUGUAUGGGCUUUUGACCCCUUUGCCUGUCCAGAUGGACGAACAAAACCAAAAAAAAAGGUUUAUAAAAUGGAACGUUCGAUAGGAUUCAAACUUCUUUCAACUAAUGUAAUAUUAUAUAUACCUUUUAUAGGCAUUUGAAGCGAAGCGUUUAUACGGACGUUCAGGCAGCUCGCCCCGAGACAUCUCUAACCGAGCUAAGCCUCUUUAGCGUUCAACAUAACGUCACAUUUAGUACCGUUACAAGAUGUUCGAGAAUCACCGUUUGCAUAUUAUAUAUCUCUGUAAGAAUGUUAAAUAAAUCUUGCGGUGGAAACAAAAUAUAAUUUUCACGAGUACCAGUUUUUACUAAUAAUUAAUUACUAUCACAACUACGUGAAGAAAUAUGAAUAACACAUAACACUAGGGUAUUAAAUAGUUACUUAUUAUAAUGGUCCCUAAUCUGACGUUCUCGUCUAACGAAAAUCAGACGCUAAGCUAGAGUAGACAGUACGCGCGGCGAGCGGCUCGAAGGUCCGUUAAUAGUGAAAAAACGAGAGCUUCGGGUCGUUUCAGAAGUUAUUACCUUUGUAAAAAUUACCUAGUUUUGUUCCGUGCAGCCGUUGUAUACCGGUUUUAAUCGUAUGUUCCCGCUCGCAUCGUAUAAAGUCGUCCUUGUUAGUAGUCAGCACUCUACAGAAGGUAAAUGUUCGGGUACCUCCAGACGCGUCGCUCUCUUUAAUUCGCUAUGAGACACUAACACCUAAUAUCUAGUAUGUACCCAUAUAAACAAAUUUGGAGCACCUCCGCUUUAUACUGUAAAGCUUCGCUUCUUUCAGGCGUGUCUUGACGUCGAUUUUUCUAUGAAUAAGACGUAGAUAUAUGAAUAUUUGUAAAAUUAGUACAUUUUUAGUAAAUUAUAAUUUCUUACAUAUAUUACAUAUUUUAA